ACCCGGACUAUAGGAAUGGCCCCUAAAAGAGAACCGUCCAUAAAGAAGACUCCCUCACCGGGGUCACAGCCCAGACUGGGGCCACCGUUCCCCUGCCUCCCUGCGGCCCCUGCAGCUGUGAAAACCGCCCCAGAGCAGAAGCCUCGGAUGCUGCGUCCCUCCGACACUCCGUUUGACCCCAGCACCAUGGAGAUUGAAUUUAACCUGGAUCAAAUACAUGAGUUCAAGGAGGCCUUCCUGCUGUUUGACCGAACGGGUGAUGGCAAGAUCAGCUACAGUCAGUGUGGAGACGUCAUGCGGGCCCUGGGUCAGAACCCGGUCAACGCCGAAGUGCUCAAGGUCCUGGGCAACCCCAAAGCUGAGGAGAUGAACUACAAGAUGCUGGACUUUGAGCAGUUCCUGCCCAUGCUCCAGGCCAUCGCUAAGAACAAGGACCAGGGCUCCUUCGAGGACUUUGUGGAGGGCCUGCGCGUCUUCGACAAGGAGGGCAACGGCACGGUGAUGGGAGCAGAGCUACGUCACGUCCUCACCACGCUAGGGGAGAAGAUGACCGAGGAGGAGGUGGAGACACUGCUGGCGGGCCACGAGGACGCUAACGGCUGCAUCAAUUACGAAGAACUCGUCCGGAUGGUCAUGAGCGGAUGAAGAUGAAGAGCGUUCCUCACCUUUUUGUUUUCGUUUCAUUGUGUUCUUUUUGUAUUAUUAUUGUUAUAUUUGUUUUUUUCCUUAUUCUCCAGCCCUAACAGUUUCUGUAACGUACUUCCACUCCUUUUAGAAUGAGCUUUUACAUUCUUUCACCCUUAUUGUUUUUAUUAUAAUUAUCUUCGCUUGUCUUUUUAUUUUCUGAAGUGCCUUUACAUUCCCUAGUCAUUGACACCAUGACGAAUGGCCGUGAUCCAACCACAAGACCAACUUGCAUGUAACUAGAGAUUUAUAUGUUGCCGGAGUAGUCUGCAAUAACAUUCCCACAAUGCAGCACUUAGACUACCUGUCCUCAGAGUAAGAUAUUAAAAAGAAAAUAAUCUUAUCGAUGCAAUACAUCCAUAGUUGUGACAGUGUGUGUGUGUGUGUGUCAUGCGGGAGAGUGUUGUGACUGCAGUCGGCGAGGACUUUGCUUUGGCUGGGAUCCCCCUCCCUCCUUCACUUCCAGAGCUAUGCAGUUCAACAAUAUUGGUAACCAUGAAAUCAUGAAGCAGUGAAAUGCAACGGUUCAGCUGGUUUACCAUGUUCAUAUUCUUCCCCUUUAUUUGUUGCUGUGUUCCAAAUAAACGAUUUUCUGAGAAGUCAA